CAAGAUCGCACCCGGAUACAGGGGUAAACCUUAAAACUUUGAUAUCAAUAAGAUUAAGAGUAAGGGGAACCCAAAUGCAUCCAAGGGCAGCGACAAAUCAAUGAAUAAUGCUCAAGAUAAGAGUAAGGGGCCAUCGAAGCCAGACUUACCAGCACCAACCAACCCGCAGAAGAAAGCAACGCCGCAGAUGAACGAUGAUCUUGCUUCCAACGCAAUAUUUGGGCCAGAAAUGUCCCUGAUGCCGAAAGAGCCAGAACAACGUUUUAGCGCGAACUUCGCAAGGUUGUAG